AUGGGCACCGAGUGCGAGCCGAGCCCUUCGACCAGCUUGGACCGGACGUCGUCAAUUAAUGAGAAGGAGAACGACAUCUCCAAGGCUGAUUCUGUCGACAGCAAAUCGUCAAAGGGUCGUGUUUCUGCGACAAGCACUCGACGCCUCAUCCGAGUACCUUGCGUCCCGAAUGCCGAGACCCCGUUUACGAUCCAGGGCGGAGCCGCGCUAGCCAGGCUAAUCACGGUGGACAUGGUGCGACAAAGUGACCUCGUCGGACUGCUGAAUCCUGGCGACGUCAUAUUAACGAUCGACGAGAUACCGGUUUCCGGGAUGCUGCGAUCGACAGCGCAGGCCCUCCUCGAAGCGCAAUCCGUCCAAAAGGAUCAGUUGGCCAUUGAAGUGCUUGCAAAAGAUGCAAUCCCGGAUGAUUUGUGCUUGAUUCUGUCAGAGAAGGAAUACCCCGAGCUUCAGACGGUGAUACGAGACAAUGUCUACGCACGCACCGUUCCAUUCACGACACGUGAUGCGCGAGAUGGUGAGGUCGACGGUGAGCACUACCGCUUCGUCACGGUCGAACAUUUCAACGAGCUGAAGGACGGGGGUCACUUGCUGGAGCACGGCACCUAUCAGGGCCAUCUGUACGGGACCCCGCGACCGACUGAGAUGGUAUCGGGCCCAUCCAAGGGCCCUCUGCCCCCAAAUUGGGAGAUCGCCUACGAUGAUCAAGGGGAAAAGUACUUUAUCGACCACAAUACUGGGACCACGCACUGGGAGGAUCCGCGGGAUUUGCCCGUCGGCUGGGAGCAGGUCGACGAUCCUGUUUAUGGAACGUUCUACGUCGACCAUGUGAACAAGCGGACGACGUACGAUCGACCGGGUACAAGUUCAGCCAUGCCACCCCCGGCCCGGCCAACGUCGUAUCCGGUAAACGGCCACGACUCGUCGCCCGGGUCGCGCAUGUCGCGGCGUGACUUGGCGGGGAUGAUGGCCGUCAGCCACAAUCCCUAUUUCACCACCGACCCGAUGCAGUUGCGGGGCGAGAUAUUGAGGACGACCAUUAUUAAGGGUCCCAAAGGGCUCGGCUUCACGUUGAUCGGGAAUGACGCGAGCAGUAAAGGGGAUGAAUUCAUCCAGGUGAAAUCCAUUCUUGCCGGAGGUCCAGCUGCGUCAAAUGGUGUCCUCCAGCCGGGCGACGUCCUCGUCAGGGUCAACCAGAAUUUGCUGCUUGGCGCGACACAGGCGGACGCCUGCCAGAUCUUCGUCUCAAUCCCGCAGGGCGAGCCUGUCGACCUGGAAGUGUGCCGUGGCUACCCUCUAGUCAUAGACCCAGCCAACCGUAUCGUCACCCAAUCCGUCUACGAUGGCCAUCGCAAUGACGACCUGUUCGACAUCUCCAUCACCAAGGGCACCGAGGGGUUCGGCUUCACCAUUGCUGAUAAUGCUAAUGGUCAGCGCGUUCGGAAGAUCAUCUACCCGGCGCAGUGCCCGAAUCUGCUGGAGGGCGACGUCAUCUGCGAGCUGGACGGGCGGGACGUGAGAGGGGUAUCCCAUACGCAACUCGUCGAUAUGCUGCGCGAACUUCCGGUUGGCCACCGCGGUCGGCUAGCCGUUCGGCGGAUCAGCGCCACCAAGAAUCGGUCUCGAACCCCGGUCGCAGGUUUCCGUUACGGUCAGCAGAGCGGCAUCACACCCACCCCAUCCCAAGCGGCCCGUAGCAGAACACCCGCUCCGAAUAUGCCCCGACAGCCGGAUUAUCGAUCGAAUACGCUGAAUCGGAUGGACCAGCCUUUCAACCACAUGACCGUCAACCUUAUUCGGAAACCACAAGGCUUCGGCUUCCGAUUGUUGGGUGGGAAUGAGACCGGCACGCAGCUGACGGUUGGCCAGAUUGUCCCUGGUGGAGCUGCAGCUGAUGAUGGACGGCUGAAAGAAGGGGAUGAGAUUAUGGAAAUCGACGGCGUCAGCGUGGAGGGAGCGGCUCAUGGAGACGCGGUUGGACUGCUCGAAAAGGCCGCCCGGCAGCAGCACGUUAAGCUGCUGGUCAGGAGACAUCAGAUGAAUGGCAUCGACAGCGCCCGCUCCGCCUCACUUCCUCCUUCCAUGAGCCCACAUGCCGGAAAUGUUGCCCAGGAGUACGACGUAGUCCUCGAGCGACAAGAAACCGAGGGCUUCGGCUUUGUAAUCCUGUCAAAUAUGGUGCGAAGAGCCUCCAACAUUGGCGAGCUGAUCCCCGGUUCGCCGGCAGCGCGCUGUGGUCGUCUACGGGUGGGCGAUCGGGUGCUGCGAGUUAAUGGGAAUGACAUUGCUGGGCUGCCGCAUGCGGAUAUCGUCAAUUUGAUCAAGAACGCCGGCCUAACCGUCCGCCUUACCGUAUGCCAAGACACGGGCCCGGCGAUGCCGAAAGGCGCCGCGGGACCCACCUAUGCCCCCAGCUACUCACACCCCACCCCCGUAUACGGUGGCUAUAGCACUGUACAACAGACACCAUCACACUCAACCCUUCCCCCUCCAAUCCACUCCGCCAUGCGCAGUAAUGGGUAUUCACCAUACGACGCUGCCCCUCCCGGCCACCAGGAGGACGACCUGAUGGAGGCCACGAGUUUGGCAAGAUGCCGCUUUUUCGUGCUGCGGAUCGCUGAGGACGGCGCGGCAGCUGCGGAUGGACGUCUUCGUGUCGGCGACCACUUGGUGGAGAUCAACGGCACCGAUACACGUGGUCUCUCCCAUGAAGAAGCCAUCAACCUCAUCAAGCAGCACCCAACUGUACGGCUACGCAUCGCCCGCCAUCGACUACCCACGCAU